AUGUCCGUCGCUUCCGCCGCUCCUCCUCUCUCCGCUAGCGCCGCCUUGACUUCCAGAACCUCAAUUCCCUCGCAACAGCGCUUCGCCACGCCACGCCAGCGCGCCUCCUUCGCAUCUCCUUGUGCCACGUCAUCACCACCACCACCAUCAUCACCACCAUCACCAUCAUCAUCAUCCCAUCAGCAGCAGCGCCAGCAGCAGCAGCAGCAGCAGCAGCAGCAGCAGCAGGCAUCACGGGAGCACCGCACAGAAGCACAGAAUGGGCACGCGGGAACCAUGGCUGCAUGUGCUGCUGCAGUGCUCUCUGCCACUCUGCUCUGGCAACAGCCCGCUCUAGCUCAGGACGUCUCCGUGUCAUCACCAGCAGCAGCAGUGUUUGAGCGCACAUGUGCUGGCUGCCACGCUGGCGGCGGUAACCUGCUCAAGCCGGGUGCGGGCCUCUCACUCGCCGAUCUCCAAAGGAAUGGGCUCACCUCAGCAGAUGACAUUGCUAGAGUCACUGCAUUUGGCAUCGGUCGCAUGCCUGGCUAUGGGGAGGACUGCAAGCCGCGGGGGCAGUGCACGUUUGGCCCGCGCCUGAGUGCUGACGUCAUCCGCCAGCUGGCAGAGUACACCCUGGCACAGGCAGAGGCAGGGUGGCCACGCUGA